AUGUCCAAUGGAAGCACCACCACCCUUCUAUGUCCCGCUUCUCUCUCAAGCCCCUCUCCUUUCUCCAACCCCUCUACUCCAGCCGAACCACCUUUCCCCUCCACCCAAUCCCCCCUCUCCACCCCCUCGCUCUCCUCCCCCUCCGCCCCCUCCCCCUCCUAUGCCUACUUGGGCGACUUCCGUGGCCUGGGGGGGGCCUUCCGCCACCACAAGCUGCACCUCUCGCUCUCCCUCCUCCGCGUCUCCUCCGCCCCUUCCCGUGGAGAGGGAAGGGAGCACCUGCCGCCCAGUGAGUCCCAUGGAGGGAGGUCUAUCUGGUGGAGGGCGUAUCUGCUGGUGAGCAAUCCUGUGAAGGGAGGCGCUUUGGGUGGAAGGCAGAGCACAGAACAGCAAGGAAAGGGAGGAGCAACCAUGGCACUCACUGAUCUUCAGAUUGACCCUGCUGUAGGGGUGAAUGGGGACGAGAGCGCCGCUGGAGGUGUGGCGUUCUUCGUCCGUUUCACCAUGCGCCAGCGGGUGGACGGCGAGAGGGUGCUGCCUGCAUUGUACUCUGAGAACUACCUCUCACUGCUCCCUGGCGAGGAGGUCACUGUAGAGGUGGAAUUUGCUCAUGAACCUUUUUGCACGUGUGCUGAGGGAAGUUUGGGGUUUGGACCUCAUUCUCGCCCUUUCUGCCUCCUGCCUGAAUUUCCAGCCCUUCCCUUAUCUCAGGUUGCCAACAUGGGUAAGGAAAAGUUGCACAUUAACAUUGUCGUCAUCGGCCAUGUCGACUCCGGCAAGUCGACGACGACUGGUCAUCUUAUCUACAAGCUGGGUGGGAUUGACAAGCGUGUGAUUGAGCGUUUCGAGAAGGAAGCCGCUGAGAUGAACAAGAGGUCCUUCAAGUACGCCUGGUUCGAGACCAACAAGUACUACUGCACGGUCAUCGACGCUCCCGGCCAUCGCGAUUUCAUUAAGAACAUGAUUACGGGAACCUCGCAGGCUGACUGCGCUGUUCUAAUCAUUGACUCCACCACUGGUGGUUUCGAGGCCGGUAUUUCCAAGGACGGUCAGACCCGUGAGCACGCUCUGCUGGCGUUCACCCUUGGUGUGAAGCAGAUGAUCUGCUGCUGCAACAAGAUGGAUGCCACCACCCCCAAGUACUCCAAGGCUCGUUACGAGGAAAUUGUGAAGGAGGUGUCGUCGUACCUGAAGAAGGUCGGCUACAACCCCGACAAGAUUCCGUUCGUGCCCAUCUCCGGUUUCGAGGGUGACAACAUGAUUGAGCGCUCCACCAACCUGGACUGGUACAAGGGCCCCACCCUGCUGGAGGCUCUGGACCAGGUGACUGAGCCCAAGAGGCCGUCCGACAAGCCCCUGCGUCUGCCCCUUCAGGACGUGUACAAGAUCGGCGGUAUUGGAACAGUUCCGGUCGGUCGUGUGGAGACUGGUGUGCUGAAGCCCGGUAUGGUUGUGGUGUUCGCUCCCAGCGGUCUGACCACUGAGGUGAAGUCGGUGGAGAUGCACCACGAGUCUCUUCCCGAGGCUGCCCCCGGCGACAAUGUUGGCUUCAACGUGAAGAACGUGUCGGUGAAGGAGCUGAAGCGCGGCUAUGUCGCCUCCGACUCCAAGAACGACCCUGCCAGGGAGGCUGCCAACUUCACCUCGCAGGUCAUCAUCAUGAACCACCCUGGCCAGAUCGGCAACGGCUAUGCGCCUGUGCUGGAUUGCCACACGUCCCACAUUGCCGUGAAGUUCUCUGAGAUCAUCACCAAGGUGGACAGGCGUUCCGGCAAGGAGCUGGAGAAGGAGCCCAAGUUCGUGAAGAACGGUGAUGCUUGCUUCGUGAAGAUGGUUCCCACCAAGCCCAUGUGCGUGGAGACCUUCUCUGAGUACCCUCCUCUUGGUCGCUUCGCCGUGCGUGACAUGAGGCAAACGGUUGCGGUCGGUGUCAUCAAGAGCGUUGAGAAGAAGGAUCCCUCUGGUGCCAAGGUCACCAAGGCCGCUGCCAAGAAGAACUCACUCACGCCGUUCACGCUUGAGGCUGAUGCCCUAGAGAUGGCGUCAGUGGGCGGCAUCCAGGUGCAUCAGGCUCGUUCCACGAGCUUUCCACAGUCCUCAUUCCCCACUCACGCGUGGUUCGAUCCGUUCCGCUUUUCCAAGAACGCUGCCUCUCUUAGUUGUCGAGGCGCCCUUUUCAAGAGAAGCUGCUCCCUUGUCGCGCGCCCUUCCGUCGUCGCCAUGGCUCGCUCGCUUGCCGCGAUUGCCCUCACGGCCACAGCGCUCGUCGUGCUGCUCUGCGCAAUCCAGUCAGAGGCGAAGGUGUUCACAGUGGGCGGCAGAGGGAUCAGCCCGUGGGGCUACGGCGUGAAGAAGUGGAAGCCCAAGGGCGUCAUUCACGCCGGAGACACUCUCGUGUUCAAGUGGAGGGGCAUCCCGCAUGACGUGUGGAUUAUGAACACUGUGGCCGCGUACAACAAUUGCGACUUCACUGCCGCCACUAGGAAGACCGGCAUCACAUCCGUGGGGUAUUACAAGUACAAGGUUCCAGCUUCAGCAAAAGGCACGUCGAUUCUCUUCUCCUGCAGCGUGCCUGGCCACUGCUCAGCAUACAACAUGAAAGUGUCUGUACCAAUCCAUGCAUAA